AGCAAAAAUAAAUGCAAUGGGGAUUGAACCGCACUAAAUUAUUAAUGUUGUUGCAAAUAUUUUAUAAUUAAUUUUCUUCAACUGCUACGAAUAAAAAUAUUUGCGUGAAUUGUUUUGCAAAAGUGACAGCUUAGCUUGUUUGACAUUUCUCAACAUUUGCAUUUGAUUAUAAACAGACAAAAACGAAUAUAAAAGAUUUUGAAUGUGAUUACAAACAAAUAAUAGAAAUAAAAAUAUAUUUCAAACAUUUCAAAGCAAAACCGGACAAAUUUUGAUACACAAAAAUAUAAGUACAGUGGAACUUCUUUAUAGUGAACUUCCCUACAACGAAGCUCUCCCUAUAAUGAAGUCAUUUUGAAGAAACAGCUUUUUGGUUCUAUUUGCAUUUUUGUCUCCUUAUAAUGAAUUUCUAUAUAGUGAAGUUUUCUAUAUAAUGAACAAAUUUUACUGCUUGAAAAUCAAGCUUCAUACGUUUUUGUCUCCGUAUAGUGAAUUUUUUCAAAUAUGUUUUCGGUUACACAUUCUCAGAAAUAAACGAAAUGUAGAAAUGUAAUACGGGGAAUCCCAAAAUGAAAAUUCAUACAUAUGUACAUUGUAGUAGUAGUUCAGUUGUGUUAAGAAAUUGAAGCAAAAAUUACGCAUCGAAUCAGCAUUUCACUUGAAAAAAAGUUAUUAAUUAUUAACAAAUUUAAAGAAGGGAAGGUACGAAAAAAAGAUAUUGCUAAUCAGUUUCAAAUACUUCCCAGCACCUUAUCAAAUAUUCUAAAAAAUAAGGAAAUGAUUUUGAAAAAUGUAGAAAAUGCGGCAAUUAGCGUAAAACGCAAAAUGCUUCGAACUUGCCAGUUUGAGGAGAUUGAUGAAGCAGUGCUGAAAUGGAUAGUCGUUGCACGUGGUAAGAAUCUUCCUUUAUCUGCAACAAUAUUGAAGCAAAAGGCCAAUGAUUUUGCUGAAGCACUAGGACACCAUGAAUUUGAGGCAAGUACAGGUUGGUUAGAUAAGUUCAAAAGACGCCAUGGUAUUGUUCAAAAAACGUUUUACCAAGAUUGAUUGAAAAUUAUAACGCAAACGACAUCUUUAAUGUCGAUGCGACUGGAUUGUUUUUCAAAUGCCUGCCAAAUAAAACACUGACAUUCAAAAAUGAGCAAUGCUUUGGGGGAAAACAAAGCAAGGAGAGAAUAACUGUCAUGGUGGGAAGCAAUAUGACUGGAUCGGAAAAACUUCAAUUGCUUAUAAUCGGAAAGGCGAAGAAUACGAGGUGCUUUAAGGGAGUAAAAUCGUUAGAUGUCGAUUAUGAGUUUAACAAAAAAGCAUGGAGCAGUGAGAUUUAUACCAAAUGGAUUCUAAAGCAGUACAAAAAAUUUGGUAAACAAGACAGGAAGGUCUUACUUUUUGUUGAUAACUACACUGCGCAUCCUAGAGAUGUAAAAAACAAGCUAAAAAACAUUCAGCUUGCUUAUUUUCCUCCCAACAUGACUUCGUUACUGCAACCAAUGGACCAAGGCAUUAUCUACAACAUGAAACAACAUUACAGGAAACGUAUUUUAACGAAUAUAUUGGCUCAGCUGGAUGAGGGAACUUCUGUUUUUACCAUAGACUUACUCCACGCUAUUCGAAAUUUAAGCACUGUAUGGGAUGUCUAUGUUAAACCAGAAACAAUUGCCAACUGUUUUAGAAAGGCAGGAUUUUCAAAAGAUGCCAUGCAUAAUCCAUCUGAGCAGUGGGAUGAAGAAGACCUUUCAAUAGCGGACUUGGCUGCUUUGCAGUCUUCAUUUAAAAAAGUGACAAAUAUCGAGGCAUCAUUUGAGGACUAUGCCAAUGUUGAUAUUGAUGUGCCGACCACGGAAAACCCGUCCGAGGAAGAUAUCCUCAGCAGCGUUCUAGAAAGUCGCGGAGUUCCAGCUGUACCUGAUAUCGAUGAAGUCGAUUUGGACACUGAAAAAGAAAUGGCAGAUACUGAUGAGGCAUUACCUACAUUAGGACAAGUUUCUUCUUCCAUUAAGGUACCGAUUAAUGUUUUUAACUGUCUAAAUGAUUUGGAAGCUUUUGUUGAAAAUGAAAAAUGGAAGAAUGUAAUUCAAACCAAACUUACUGAUUAUUUUAAAUAAAAUUACAAAAGAAAAAAAUGAAUUUCUAUAUAAUGAAA